UGAAUUUCCAUUCCCUUGAGGUGGUGGUUUUCAACCCGCAGACUGAUGACCUUCUGAGUAAACCAAGAGCCCGACGGAUCCUGUAUUCAAGAGGUGGACAUUACAGAAGGACUCAUGGACUUCAAGGUGCUUGUAGUGGAGGUAGACGCGGAAGGACAAACACAAGAGUCUGUUCUCUCUCCUUUCUAUGACUUCAUGACCCGCGUCCAGCACUUCAACAACGGCAAUGACCUCGAAGUCCGGUGGCGAACCUCCAAGGAGCAGAACUUCAGCAUCAGCAUUGAGGACGAUGUCUCAGGUGGCUUCACAAAGACGUCCAUGACAUGUGGACAGGACCUUAGGACAUGCAAAGCUUAUUUCACCAAGUUAAGUACAGAGGUGGCUCAUAAGGUGAAAGUGACGAAAGAUAAGACAACCAUGUCGGUCUCCGUUCAGCCAAGCCAAGAUACCACGACGUCCCUUUCCAUUACACGAAUCUCCAAGGUCUCAACACUGCAUCCUCAAGCGCAGCUGACAAUCUCGUCCGACAUAGACGUCGAAGGGGUGAAGUACCUCGAGUACGUGGUGAUCGAACCCCCUGUUGGCAACGAUAUUGUUCAACACAUUGCCUUCGCAGACUUCGAUGACGUCAUACACACAGGCAACAUCAUAACAUUCGAAGACGUAGAAGAGCCCGAAGUUGGGCGUCGAAGUGACGGUGAUGGUCAUUGCGCACACAGGCGACGGCGUGGACUCGGACGCCCUGGCCUUCGGGAAGGAAUUGGCCAUUUUUGAAGGUAUCAAGCUCCCAAUCAUGACGAAAGUGGGAGCAGAAGCAUUCAGUCCCUCAAAGUGGAGACGGGAGAAAUGGCAGUCAAAGUGAACGGUUUCCUGUGUGCAGCCAGCACAAUCUGCUACAAUCUGGAGCCACGAAAUAUCCUGGAGCCUCCCGAAGUCUGCAGGAUGGCCAACCCAACCCUCGAGCAGUGUGACAUGACGGCAGUAUACGUACAGCCAGAGGCUCUGACCGAUCCGUCGGUUCAACUGAGCUUCACCGGUGCGCCUGGGAGGACCUGACUGUCGCCGCUGAUUUUUCCGAAACGUCGUCACAGUGAAGCGAAACUCUACACAAGCUCGGGGAUCUGA